GUUUAUAUUUUCUUGCACAGUUUGUCAUCAAAAUACCCAACAUUAAUUACUUAAAUGUUAUUUUAAAAAAUUACUGCAGUUAAAUAAUAAAAAAAACAAAAUGGUGAUUUGUGCAGUGCCUAAUUGUUUCGAAAGAACGGGAAAAAGGGGAAAGAAAUGGAGAGAGAACCGCCAUGGAAAGGUAACCUUUCACAGGAUACCAGAACGAAAGAAAGAACUCCGGGCGAAAAGUUCAGGGCUGAACGUGAAAUGUAUGAACAAGUACUCUAGAAUAUGUUCAUGUCAUUUUUAUCCAGAAAUGUUUGAUAGGACAGGCAGUAUUGUGAGGCUUAGAGAAAAUGCUGUGCCUCAAGUAUGA